UGGGAACCAACGUGCUACAAAGGCAAUAUACUCCAUCUAUAUCAAACAUAUGAAAACACAAGGUUGUGUAAAAUGCGAAAACGAAGAGGGGGCCAAGUACAGUACAUGGCAAUAGGAGUAGAUAGACCGAAAAAGCAUGCCUAGGUUUAAAAUUGGGCGACCGUCAGGGUUUCUCUGCGAUGGAGGUUGGGGGUGGGUGAUCAUGCUUGUGUGUCUGCGAGCCCUCUGCUGACGAGGAACUUUCGUCAGAAAGUUCAGGCUUGCAGAGUUGUCCGCACCUCGCUGCGUGGCGCUUUAAAUUUGGAUCAUGGUUUCGUUGUGGGCUCGGACCCAGCCCCAGCCCCAGCCCCUUGGUUUUAUACUCCUCCAGCCACCGGUCUCAUAAUCGUUGCUUGUGCCGAGGCUACGUCCAUCUUCGACCUUCGACAGUUGUUCAGUCCCGUUCUUUCUUUCCCGAGAGCUGUUGCCAUUCUGCGAACAUGUCGAGUACUCAGGGCAAAACUAUUACCUGCCGAGCUGCUGUCUCUUGGGAGCCAAAGAAGCCCCUAUCCAUUGAAACUGUUGAGGUAGCUCCACCUCAAGCUGGAGAAGUUCGAGUGAAGAUUACUCAUUCGGCCAUUUGCCACACAGAUGCAUACACGCUUGGCGGAAAUGACCCUGAAGGUCUCUUUCCUUGCAUUCUCGGACACGAAGCCGCAGGAAUUGUAGAGAGCGUUGGAGAAGGCGUGACAGAGGUUCAACCUGGAGAUAAAGUUAUUCCCUGCUAUCAGGCCGAGUGCCGCGAAUGCAAAUUUUGCCUGUCAAACAAGACUAAUUUGUGUGGAAAAGUACGUCCCGCCACUGGAAAUGGAGUUAUGCUUAAUGAUAGACAAUCGCGGUUUUCUAUCAAUGGAAAGCCAAUUUACCAUUUCAUGGGGACGUCUACCUUCAGCGAGUACACUGUUGUACACGCCGUGUCCGUCGCCAAAGUAAAUCCCGAGGCUCCUCUGGAAAAGAUUUGUCUUCUGGGAUGUGGAAUACCAACGGGGCUCGGUGCUGUUUGGAACACAGCCAAGGUAGAGGCAGGUUCUACCGUUGCAGUGUUCGGCCUCGGUUCCGUAGGUCUUGCUGUUGCAGAAGGCGCAAAGGCAGCGGGUGCCAGUGAAAUUAUUGGGAUAGACAUCGACGUCAGCAAGUUUGAACUUGCCAAGAAUUUUGGUGUGACAAAGUUUAUCAACCCCAAGGAUCACCAACAGCCAAUUCAGCAGGUGAUCGUUGACAUGACAGAUGGAGGUGUGGACUACAGCUUUGAAUGCAUUGGAAACGUCGAUAUCAUGCGAGCUGCUCUUGAGUGUUGUCACAAGGGAUGGGGUGUUUCUGUCAUCGUUGGAGUAGCAGCCGCUGGCAAGGAAAUAUCCACCCGACCGUUUCAACUUGUCACAGGCAGAGUUUGGAAGGGUACAGCUUUUGGAGGGUUUAAAAGUCGCUCCCAAGUUCCAGACCUUGUCGAGAAAUACAUGAAAAAGGAAAUUAAGGUCGACGAGUACAUCACACACAACCUUCCGUUCAGCAAAAUCAACGAAGGAUUUGAGCUUAUGCACGGAGGAAAGUGCCUGCGAUGUGUACUUCACAUGGAUGAAUGAGAAGUAGCAAUACGAAUACCCACCAGCUUAGAAUCCCGAUGUUAUCACGGCUUUUUAUCUCUCGAUCUUAUUGUCGCUCCAGUCUAUGCACCUGUUCGUCGGAAAGUAGAAUCCGGCUUGUCCGGUUGUCCUUUUUGCAGAUUAGCAAACUUGAGGAAUAACUUGGAAAGCUUGGUGCUUGUUACCAUCAAUAAAUGUUCACCUCUUUCUUGACCUGGUGAAGCUGACUCGCCUUACAUCAGCUAAACCUUGAAUCGACUGUAUCUUUUCUCAUGCAUUUUAUAGAUAGAUAUGUGAGUAGACAGACGUAAAAUCCAAACUGUUGUCCACUUUUGACACAGAUUUGUAAAUAGUAGAUUAUUUUAGGUUCACGAUCGUGAACUGGAAUUUUGUCACGCAAGGAGAUGAAAAGACAAUCUCAUCUAUGAAAUUCUGUGAUGAACAAUUUUGUAUUAACUAGCCUCGGCAUCUCACAUAUAUGAAUCUAA